GCCAGAAUUAAAGUGAUCCUACUCCAAGGGGGGAGGGGGCAGGAUGCAGGGGCUGAUGGGAAAAGUAAAUCAAGGAGGACAGGUCAAGAGAUAAGAAGGGACAAAUGAAAAUGAACAGGGGAAGGGUUGUGGAGGCUGGUGAGGGAUUCUGGGGAAAGGAGGUAUAAUAGGAAAAGAUGGGGUGAUUAAAACUGAUGAGAAGUUAUGAGGAUAGGUCAGGUGAUGGAGACAGGUGGGAAGAGGAGGAGACAGGUGGGAGAACAGGUGAGGAAAUAAAGGUGGGACAGAUUUGGAGAAUAACUCAGCAGGAUCGGUGAAAUCUGAGUCGAGGGACCAGUUAGUCAGGGAUUAAAUGAGGGCGGAGCGUCUGUGAACCCUCUGUCCAGAGACAGGAGAGAGGUGUUGUCAAAUCCGAGGUGAUGAUGUCAGAGCUGGAGCGGUGAUGUCAGAUCCCGGGCGGUGGGGCGGUGAUGUCAGGGCUGGUGCUGAUGCUGGCGGCGCAGUGCAUUGUGGGCAGCUCCCCGCUCCGUCGUCGCCGCCGCCGCCGCCGCCGCUGCCGCGGGAGGAAGAUCGGGGUCGGGCCGGGCCGGGCCGGGAUGGUCGGGGUCGGGAGGCCGCCGCAGCCGCUGCAGCUGCAGCCACCACCACUGCCAGGGGGAGCGGGCUGCGCCAAGCCGCACUGAGCCGCCCCCGCCCCCGCCCCGCCCGGGCCCCGGGGGAUGCGCCGCCCGGAGCCGCUGCAGCCGCAGCCGCAGCGGAGACAGAGCAGGUAGAUGGCCCAAACCAGGCAGGUGCCACCAAAACCCCUCCCUCUGGCUGGCGGAUGCAGUGCCUAGCGGCUGCCCUCAGGGAAGAGGCCAACAUGAGUGGGGGAGGGGAGCAGGCCGACAUCCUGCCGGCCAACUACGUGGUCAAGGAGCGCUGGAAAGUGCUAAAGAAGAUCGGGGGCGGGGGCUUUGGGGAGAUCUACGAGGCCAUGGACCUGUUGACCCGGGAGAAUGUGGCCCUGAAGGUCGAGUCUGCCCAGCAGCCCAAACAGGUCCUCAAGAUGGAAGUGGCCGUGCUGAAGAAACUGCAAGGGAAGGACCAUGUUUGCCGGUUUAUUGGCUGUGGCCGGAAUGAGAAGUUCAAUUAUGUGGUAAUGCAGCUCCAGGGCCGCAACCUGGCAGACCUGCGCCGCAGCCAGCCCCGGGGCACCUUCACCCUGAGCACCACGCUGAGGCUGGGCAAGCAGAUCCUGGAAUCCAUUGAGGCCAUCCAUUCUGUGGGAUUCCUUCACCGGGACAUCAAGCCUUCGAAUUUUGCCAUGGGCCGCCUGCCCUCCACCUACAGGAAGUGCUACAUGCUGGACUUUGGGCUGGCACGACAAUAUACCAACACCACAGGGGAGGUCCGACCUCCUCGGAAUGUAGCUGGGUUUCGGGGGACAGUUCGAUAUGCUUCAGUCAAUGCCCAUAAAAACCGGGAGAUGGGCCGACAUGAUGACCUGUGGUCUCUCUUCUACAUGCUGGUGGAAUUCGCUGUAGGGCAGCUCCCCUGGCGCAAGAUCAAGGACAAGGAGCAGGUGGGGAUGAUCAAGGAGAAGUAUGAACACCGGAUGCUGCUGAAACACAUGCCGUCAGAGUUCCAUCUCUUCCUGGAUCACAUUGCCAACCUCGACUAUUUCACCAAGCCCGAUUACCAGUUGAUCAUGUCGGUGUUUGAGAACAGCAUGAAGGAACGGGGCAUCACUGAGAAUGAGGCCUUUGACUGGGAAAAGGCAGGGACGGAUGUUCUCCUUUCUACCAGCACGUCUACCCCACCACAGCAGAACACUCGACAGACGGCAGCAAUGUUUGGGGUGGUGAAUGUGACCCCUGUGCCUGGGGACCUGCUAAGGGAGAACACAGAGGACGUUUUGCAGGGCGAGCAUCUGAGUGACCAGGAGAAUGCGCCCCCUCUCCUCCCUGGGCGGCCCCUGGAGGGGCUGGGCCCCAUCCCUCAUCCCACUUCCCAUCCUGGGGUCCCUGAAGCUGAGGUCUGGGAGGAGACUGACGUCAACCGCAACAAGCUCAGGAUUAACAUCAGCAAAACACAGUGUGUGGUGGAGGAGGAUCAGAGCCGUGGAGUGGGGGUCCCCAGCUCCCCAGUACGUGCACCCCCAGACUCCCCAACCACCCCUGUUCGCUCCCUGCGCUAUCGAAGGGUCAACAGCCCUGAGUCUGAGCGACUAUCCACAGCUGAUGGGCGGGCUGAGCUACAUGAGAGGAGGUCUCGGAUGGACCUUCCGGGAUCCCCCUCCCGCCAGGCGUGCUCGUCCCAGCCUGCCCAGAUGCUGUCGGUGGACACGGGCCAGGCGGACCGGCAGGCCAGCGGGCGCAUGGACGUGUCCGCCUCGGUGGAGCAGGAGGCCCUAAGCAACGCCUUCCGCUCCGUGCCGCUGGCCGAGGAGGAGGACUUUGACAGCAAGGAGUGGGUCAUCAUCGACAAGGAAACGGAGCUCAAGGACUUCCAUCCGGGCGCCGAGCCCAGCACGUCGGGCACGACGGACGAGGAGCCGGAGGAGCUGCGGCCCCUGCCCGACGAGGGCGAUGAGCGCAGGAGGCCGGGGGCCGGGCCGAGUCCGCCCCCAGUGCGGCCCAGAGGGCGCAGCAUGCAGACUGUGGCCGAGGAAGAUCUCCGGCAGCAGCAUCAGUUGCAGGGCCCGGGAGAGCCCGCCCUGCCUCCCACCCCGGGCAGCCCCUCCCACUCCUCCCUGCACUCUGGACCCCGGCCGCGGAGGAGAGAGUCGGACCCGAUCGGCCCGCAGAGACAGGUGUUCACACUGUCUUCACCUUUUGAGGUGAAUGGCCUCCCUAGGGCUGUGCCCCUGAGCCUUCCCUACCAGGACUUCAAGAAAGACCUGUCUGAUUACAGGGAGCGUGCCCGCCUCCUGCAUAGGGUCCGAACAGUGGACUUCUCCCAUGUUGUCCUCAGUGCCCCUUGUCAAACGAUCCCAGCUCCCGUCCAGCAAGAGGUCAAUGGGAAGGGCCAGGAAGAGGAUAAUGAGGAUGAGGAAGAAGAGGAGGAGGAGGAGGAAGAAGAAGAGGAAGAGGAGGAAGAGGAAGAAGAGGAGGAAGAAGAGGAGGAGGAAGAGGAGGAAGAGGAAGCAGCUUUGGGGCAUGUGCUGGGGCUUAGAAGUGACUCCAGCAGUGAAGUGAGCGAGAAGAGCACAGAUAGAAGUCAAGAGGGAGCCCCAUCCACGUUACUUGCUGAUGACCAGAAAGAAUCCAAGGGCAGGGCAUCCAUGGCUGAUGGGGACUUGGAGCCAGAGGAGGGCUCUAAGACACUGGUGCUCUUCUCCCCAGGUGACAUGAAGAAGUCACCUGUCACCACUGACCUGGCUCCUGACCCUGACCUAGGCACCCUGGCUGCCCUGACCCCACAGAAUGAGCGGCCCCACCCCACAGGGAGCCAACUAGAUGUGUCUGAGCCAGGGACACUGUCCUCUGUCCUCAAGUCUGAACCGAAGCCCCCCGGGGCUGGUACUGGGGUGGGACCAGCUGUAGGAUCAGGGGGAGUUGUGGCAGCUGCCUCCUCACCCUUCACCAAAGUUGAAAGGACCUUUGUGCACAUUGCUGAGAAGACCCAUCUCAAUGUUAUGUCUUCCGGUGGGCAGUCCCUCCGGCCUGAGGAAUCCUCCCUUGGCAAUGGAGGGCUAGGCCCAGAGACCAUCCUGGAGAAGGGAGUUGUUGAAGAGAGGCCCCCUGUUCCCUUAGAGAACGGCAGUAUUCUGUCUGGGCCAGAUGGAGCAGAGACAGAGAGCUGUGCCCUAUCUGUACCACCUGGGGAUACACCCUCAGAAGUGGCUGGCGACACUCUGCCCAACGGCUUUGCCCAGACUAAUGGGCAGCCCCCCACCAUCCCGCCUGAGCCUGGUCUGUCUUCAGAGCCCGGGGUCCCAGAGAAGACAAUCCCUGUGGGCCCUGGAUCCCAGGCUCUCCUUGGCCCCCGCCCCCGGAGCCGUAUCCCCGUCCUCUUCUCUGAGGAGGACACAGGCUCUGAGCUGUCAGCCUCAGUCUCGGCCAAAGAACGGUGGGGUAAGCGGACGCGGCAGCCUGACCUCGCACGCCUGGUGAUGGAGAAGAGGCAGGGCCGCCUCCUGUUGAGGCUUGCCUCUGGAGCCUCAUCAUCGGCUUCAUCCAGUGAGGAGCGGCGUCGGGCCUCGGAGACGCUGUCCGGCACGGGAUCCGAGGAGGAUACCCAUGACUCCGAUGACUCGGCCCCAGGACAAGUGGAACGGGCUGCGGGUACAAGGAGCCGGAUCCCUCGCCCUGUCAGUGUCAGGACCCCCACGCCGGUACAACUCAAAAGUGGGGGGAGUCCCCAGAGGACGUCACACCCUGGUGCCCCCAACAGCAUGGUCCCAUCACCAGACACAGCCAUCACCAGCAGGCUCCAGCUACAGAGAUCUCCUGGGCCUCCAGCUACUGCUGACCUCCACGCCAAACAACCUCCUGCCCACUCAAGCCCUGGCUCUGCCCCAAACCGUGCCAGUCCCCGCCGCCCCAGCCAUGUGCCCCCCCUCCCGUGGUCCGGUCCUUCCUUCCGCCAGACAUCUCAGUGCUUCCCAAGGAGCCAGUCUCUAUCCCGGAGAGAGAGCCCCUCUCCUCCCACCAGGCUAGGCAGGUGGCACCCUACCACGGGGAGCAUCCUUGGCCAAGGCCAGCCUCAGGCUCUGGGGCCUGGGCAGCCUGAAGGCCCCUCCUCACCGGGGGGCCCCAAGAAAGGACCAAGAGGGAAACUCCAGACUUCUAGCCCAGCAACCAAAGGCAGAGCAGGGGCCUCAGAAGGCAAAACCGGGGCCAGAUAAUGAUGCCUAGCUCUCAAUCCAGUCGGCUGGGUACAACCCCCAACCUUCACUCCCCCCUGCCCCCUACCUUGGCCGGUGGACACUGGAGCAACUCCCCAGCGCAGCCUUACAUGCCAGAUAUUUGAGCAACCCACCAACUCUACCAAUUCCCUCCCAAAACACCCACAUGCAGGCACGUAUCCAUGCACACACAAACACACAUACAUUGUGUUGGCGCCUCUUAGGUAAGCCCCAUCCCUUCAAUAGGCCACCAGGAGCCCUUGCUGCCUGGGCAAAAGGGGGCACUUCAGAGGGGAAGGUUCCUCCGCCUUUCCUGCUUGCCUUCUACCUUCCUCAUGAUCCUUUCUGCACCCUGGGAACCCCAAGGCUGGGCUGGCCUGGGCUGGGCUGAAUUUCUUAUUCCCAGAGAAAUGAGUGUCCUUGCUCAGACAUCCCAGGCUCCUCUUUGCUGCCCUAGCUGCUGGCAGGUGUUGGAGGGAAGCCUGCUGGCCGCCUUUGGUCUCAGGACCACCCCCAGGAGGUUUGGGCUGGACCUCGAGGCCCCAAAGGAGUCAGCCACAUUCUAAUUCCAGAUCCCCAGCUUUCUUCAUAGAUUCCCACAUCCCUAAGGCCUCCCAUUCAUUCAUUCAUCCCUAGCCAUAACUUCAUUCUUCAUCUCUCUGUCCCUGGUGGGUCGGUCUCUGUUCAUACUUCAUGAAUUGACCUUCCCUUCUCUCUUUCCCUCUCCUAUCCUCCUCCUUUCCUGAAAGGCUUCAAGUUCUAGCAGUGAGAAUUCCCUUCUUCACAGGGGCUAGGCCCCACUGCCUCUUAAAAGCAAUCCAGUCUGCACACCCUUUUUCCCCCAGAAGGGAGGGAGCAAGACCAGUUGGCUCCCUUAGCUGUCUAAGAGUGAUUCCAGUUGGGAAGAGAGAGGGAGGGAGAAAGAACAGGGUGUGGGGAUGGAGGGGACAGAUCCAACCACUGCGCCAUAUCCGCAUCAGGUGACCCUGCAGAGGCAGGGUGAUUAGCUCUGGAUAACAUCCUCAUCCUCCCUGGGCACAGUUCUACCCCAUCCCCGACCCUCAAAGAAUAAGGGUACCUCAUUAGGAUCUGCCACUACAGACCGAAGCCAGACAGCACCCCAGGAGAACCCGCCAGAUUGUGACCUGGCUUUGUAGGUGAGUAUUUCAGGAUAGUGGGCUGGGGUGGGCCUUUAAAAAAUAUUUUAAAACCCCUCCUUGGAUGACCUAGUCCCAGUGUUCAGAAACUUGCCCCCCACCACCUUGUCUAACUUGAAUCACUUCCUCACCCCACACACUGUGCUGCUGAUCUAGCCAUACACAGCACAUUUCAUUAGGGUGUGCACCAUCCAGGAAAUUUUAAAAAGGUGACUGUUUAUUGAACAUACAAUCAUAAAAGGCUUUUUUAUGGAUCAAACAAGUAAAAAAACACCCUAAAACCAAAUUUAAUUUUUAAAAAAUUAAUAAACUUUAUUUUAAAAUAUAAACUAAAAAUGAGGCAGAAAAUAACCAUUUUUUAUAUUAGGUUGUGCCCAGACACUAAAAACUUAAUUUGAUUCCCUAAAAAAUUAACAAUUAAACUUUAUUUUAAAAUAAAAACUUAAAAGGAGACAAAAAAUAUCAAGGUUUUUUUUUGACAUUAGGGUGUGCCUGGGCACUAAAACUUAAUUUUUAAAAAAUUAACAAUUAAACUUUAUUUUAAAAUAAAAACCUAAAAGGAAGCAGAAAAUACCAAGGUUUUUUUUGACAUUAGGGUGUGACUGGACACUAAAACUUAAUUUAAAAAAAUUUACAGUUAAACUUUAAAAUACAUUAAAAAAUGAGUCAGAAAAUGCCAUUUAAAAAAUAUUAGGGUGUGCCUAAUGGGCUGGAGUUUAAGUCUAUAUUUCUCUGUCUGCCUUGAGUGGAGAGGGAGAAGUGUUACUCCUUGUACUGUCUGAACUGACUCUUAGAUUUGAAGACUACCCAGUAUAACACACAUUUAUUAAAGCACCUACUAUGUGCAAGGCAGAGAGGAAGAACUGAGUUCAACUCCAUUCUCUGAUACAUCAGGCUGGGUGACCCUGGGCAAGUCACCUUGUCCAUCUCUCAGUGUUCCAGAGUUGCAGAAAGGUCACAGAUGUGUAUUGGUAGCAGGAAUUCCUGACAUUGAGUCCCUGAUAGCAAUGAAAUCACAGGUGUAGACAAUAUGUAUGUAUAUGUAUGCAUAUGUAUAUAUGUAUAUGUACAUGAAUAUACACACAACCCAUAUAUAUUAUAUGUGUGUUACGUGUGAGGUAUAGUAGUGGUGGGGUAGGGUGGUGAGCAGGGUUCUCUCAGCUGUCCAAACGAUGCUCACAACCUUUAACUUUGCAGAAUUGAUGGAUCGGUGAGGAGGAAAAAUCUAGCCAAGCUUUGGGAAGAUUUCAGUUAGUCAUUCAACAAACACUUACUAAGUGCCUCCUUUGUGCCCAACACUGUACUAAGUACUCUGGGGGGAUGUCAAGUAGCUCACUAACUCCCUCUCCUCUCCUGUGCACAGGUCUGCAAAGAGGGCAUACUCUACCCAACAGGCCUGCUUAGCCCCUCCUUGCCCCCCCCCCAGAGUGUCACCCUGCCAGUCAAGCCUGGUACUGUUUCCUCUGUCUCUGAACCCAGUUCCAGAGGCAGGGAGACUGGAGAGUAGGGUACUCCCUCCCAGGCACCUUCCCCCACUUCCCUGAGGGUGGUAUCCAUAGAAAAGAGGAGGCAUGUAAGGAAAAAGGUUGGCAGGGGAAGGACUGGCCCUCCUCUUCUCUCCCAUCUCCCACUCCCAUGGGGCAGGAAUACCUCUCCUAUGAAGAGACUUCUCUGAGUGUCCCCUUCCCUGAACAGCCUGACUUGGGUUGAUCAGAUCUUCUCACUGGCCUGCUCACUCCUCGAUCCUGGCUUUCUGUGCCACCCCCUCCCCACUUCUUCUCCGGAAGCAGCAAUCCCUAAUGCUAGGGAGGCACCCAGAUGCUAAGAGGAGUGUUCAUCCCAGAUCCGCCCCAGUCCUGCUUCCAGGAGAGAGAACAGAUAGGCCAGCCCUCCCCACAGAACACUAAUACAGGUCUGGGCCAACUGGGGCUACCUCAACCUGUCCUAGCCAAUGUAUGGAAUAUCUAAGGGCCGGGAUCUCACCUUCAGCUGCUGGGAAGAAACGCAGAUAGCUAGGCUCCUGAGUCUACUAGGCAAAAGCAAUGUGAUCCCCUCUUCUCUCCUACCUUAGUUCCUUCCCCGCAUCCCUUCUCCUUUGCUACAGCUUGUCUGUAGGACUGUUCGGACAAUCCACUGGGAAUUACAGCUCUUCAGCUAUCCCCGAAUGGGGUGGGUGUUCUGGGGAAGAGAGGAGGGCGACCGUCUGCCAGGCCUGUGCGCCAGAAUCAAGAACGGGAAAGGGGCAGGGCUCUAUAGGUUGCAAAAGCCCCCUUUGCCCUUUCCCCAACUGGGUCCCAGACAGGUCUCGGAAGAAUAGCAUUAUGAACUCCAUGAGACUAGGGUCGAGGUCAAGGCAGGUUGGCAGCAUUGUAUCUCAUCUUCAGGAGAGAAACAGAAGACAUGGGGACCUCGGUUCUUCCUCCAUGAAAUUCAAAAGAAUAGUCUGGGAGAGAAGGCAGCCACAGGACACAGGCCUCCCCUCCCUUCAGUGAUGGAACCUUCCAACCCUUCCAUCCAUCUGUACUAGGGAACCCUCAUGGCCAGAGAAAAGACUGGGCAUUCAGGGUUCUCUUCUCCUUCCCCAGCAGAAAUGGUCAUUUUCCAGGAACAUUUUUUGGCCUUCUACUCCAGAGAUCUCUGUCUCUACCAUUCCUUAUUAUCUGCUGCCCUGUCCUCAGCAAUUGACCCCCUGCCCCUACCCUCAGCUCCACCGUUGGACUGUGAGAGUAAAAGGCCCAUUGAAGGAUGCUCAAGGGAACUGUUGGCAAGAAUACCUUGGCUUGCUUUCUUCGCUCCAGAGAUGUCUGGGCAUCAGAGGUGGCAUAAGGGGCAGGGAGCAAGCAGUCGGGAGGGUUGCCCUGAGAUACCACAUCGGUGCCAAUCUAGGAUCUAGAUAAGAGGCAUACACAUCAUCAGAGCCCAGAGAGAAGCCCAGAUUUAGGGAGAUGGUCAAGAGGAAGAUGGCGACAGCUUCCACAUCAGCCAGCCAUCAGUAAUCGGCCAUUUCCAAAGUGACUAGACCCUAUUUGGCAAUUACUUGGCACAGGAUGGGCAUGUUAGACACCCUUGGGUAAGGCAAUAACACAGCCCACUCCCAGGGGUACAGAUAGAGAGACCUGGGGAAGGUGUCUCAGGUCUGGCCACCUCUCAACAUGCCCCUUAGAGGUAUCUAUCUCUCCCAUCCUGGGGCAGAGUAAUCCAAAAAUGAAAGUUGAGGCUGAUUCAGGACACUCAGGAAUCUUCCCUCCCUCCUCACCAAUGACAGAGCCUCCUAUAUCUCCCCACCCGCUGCCCAGCCCGCUCCCUGAAUCUGAGGUGAUCCCAUACCUCUCUAGAUUCAGCCAACGGGAGGAUGACCCCAAGUACCAGGGCACAAAGAAUUAUGCCAUACCCAGGGGAUUGGCAGAGGGAGACGUAGUGCCAACCCCCUCUCACUUACAUACACUUAGAGCAUCUCUGACUGACAAUCCAAAAGUCCUAGAGGGGUAAGGUUACGACGCCCGCUCUGCUGCCAUCCCAAAUAUGAAUGUAAGGUCCACCCUCAGGGCCAAAAUCUACCCAGGCCAGAUCCUUAAAGGGUGAGGAGGAGAGCCUGAGAGAGCCCUAAGACCCUGGCUGCCUUCCUUCACCUGGAACAUGAUGAUCUUUUAGGGGAGGAAGGGGGUGGGUGUUUUAAACCCCAGCAUCCUUAGGGCUCAAGCCCUCCCACUGACCCCAGGCUUCAGCAACACAGGAUGGUACCAGGAGCGUGAGGGGCGGGUUGGGCCCUCAAUUCCCCCUGCCCCCCCCACCCCCCUCCAUGCUACUAGGUAGGAUCCAGAGCAAACACCAUUGCUAUGACUCCCUCUUUCAAAGAACCCAGCAGGGCCCUGCCUGUUCUUUCUCCCCAGUAUACCCCUCUACCACCACCCAAUACACAUAUCCCAAUUAGGUUGGUUUAAUUAGUACUUCCUUUCCUCCCUCCCAAAUGAGGUCUCCCUGGCUCAGAGCCCCCUCUCUCCCCUUCCUUCAUCACACAUAUGCCUUUCAAAAGGAAGAGCAAGCCUGUUUUAAACUCGGAAAUGGGGUGUCCUCUUCAUAGUCCCCUCCUCCCCCAGAAAAGAAGGGCCCCCCCCCCCCUCCCCCCACCUGGGCCUGGUUGGCCCCACCAUGCACUUAAGGGAUGGUAGACUGCUCGGCUGGCAUUCAAGGUCUCUGGCCAAAAGUUCCUCACUCUAAGGGGAGGUGGGGUCAGCAUAGACCCGAGGCUCCUCCGCCUUUCUUAGCUCCCACUGUUUAGGGAUGUGUUGGAUCUGGGGGAAGGUUUGGCCACCCUCCUCCAAUCACUACGUUCUGCUGAAGAAGCCACGGAAGAAUGUUUACAUGCCAAACAGAAUGUAACAAUCCCCCACCACCCCGACACAGACACACACAGACACACACACACUCUGCCUACAGUCAUUGCAUGGCCUCUGCCCCACUUGCCUGGCCCUGCCCUGCCCCUGGCCUUGGAACUCCAACGUGGCCCAUGCCCCCCAGCACACCCUCCCACUUUCACCCCCCCCCAAGCCACUGUCAUAAUUAGAUCGGGUCUUGGAAGGGAAGUAGCCAUGCCAUUAAAGCCUGUUGACCUUUUAGCUGGCCUGGACUCUCCUUCCCUGCAAGGGACCUGCUGAAGGGACCCUUGGCCGUACUCCCUGCCUCCAUUCCAGCCUCAGGGAAUCGGGGUUGGAGGAUGCGGGUACCUGUUUGUGGAGGGGGUGGGGUGGUAGGGUAAGAGCAUCUGCUUGGGGCAAAGAGGGCAAAGGAGGCACGUGCCCUGGGAUCUGUUCUUUAUUUGCUGCAGAGCCCAACCAGGCUACUAGAAACUGACUCUGAGUUCUGGGGCCCUAGGCUGGGGAAGGAUGGGAAGGGAAGUGAAAUAAAACUAGAGGAGUCAAGAGGGAAACUUGAUACCUUAAUCUACGUUUGACUGUUCCCCUUCCUUUUAAAAAUGAUGCCAGGGGGCAGCUAGGUGGCGCAGUGAAUAAAGCACUGGCCCUGGAGUCAGGAGGACCUGAGUUCAAAUCCGGCCUCAGACACUUGACACUUACUAGAUAUGUGACCCUGGGCAAACCACUUAACCCUCAUUGCCCCACCAAAAAAAUGGUGCCAACCUUGAUUUCAUCUGCUUGGGGAACUCCCCAUGUGGAAAUUCAUUUCACAAUGACAGAUCAGCACUCCUC